UAGGUGAUCUACCCCACUCGGCCUCCCAGAGUGCUGGGAUUACAGGCAUGAGCCACUGCACUCAGUGCCUGAUAUUAGGAUUCAAUGAAAUACAUUUAUCUUUGCCUAUGGAGUCUCUAAACUUGUGAAUUUAGUGAAAUAGCUUGAACAUUUUCAACUGGUAAAAUUAGAUCACUAUAGUUGAAUCAUUUGGUGCAAGCUGUUAAUGUGACAUUCAGCUGGAAUUUAUCAGACUCAAUUAGAAAACCUCCUCUCAUUUAAAUAAAACAAAAAAUUGAAUAGAUAGGGAAAAGGUUAUAUAUGCUUUUUAUUCUCUUUUCCAUUUUAGAAAGCAAAUGAACAUAACUAUGAAAUAGAUAAGUCAUACUUAGUGAUAAAAUAUCCUCCAUUUUUAAGGAGUAAUUUCCCUGUAUUUCACAUUUGAUGACUUUUGGGAUCUAUAUUUCCAUUUAGAUAACUGUUAACAUUGUUGGUGUUUAUUUUACUACAGGAAAAUUGGUGAGUGUAUGUGAUGACAGUUACACAGUACAUAUUUGAUAACAAGGGUAGAGUAAGUCAGUUCAGUCGUGGUGGUCUGUUAUCUAUUUUUAGGUCUUUUUGACCCAGGAGUCUGUGACCUAUGAAAUCUCCACUUUUUUGGAUUUGUUAAGGUCUUUUACAAUGCAAAGAUUUAAAUUUAGAUGAGUACCACACUGAAGGAUAUUGGCUAAUGUGGUCCCAAACAUAAAGGGUAUCAAAGUAUACAAUGGGAAAAGCUUAUGAAGUUACGGUAACGUAUGUGAGAGGAGAGGGGCUACAGUUAAGGAAGUUUCUUUUCUUCCCUAACUUAUAACAAAGAGAAUCUGAAAUGUAAACUGGUAUUUGCCAUGCUCUGAUUAGUCAGCAGCAUGCCAUUUUGUGAAAUCAUUGCUGAGAAAAUGUACCAAAUCUUGAGUACAGAGUGUUCCUGCAUCUGAUUGGAAGGGGCACAUGAAUUGUUUCUAAGGUAUUGCAGACCCAAGGCUGCACAAAUUAAUGUGGAGACUUGGGGGAGGGAUCCAGUCAGGGAAGGGAAGCUUCCUAGACAUUACAGCUCUGUCCAGAGGCCAAAUGGGAGAUAAAUCACCACUGGCCACCUCUCUUAUUAUUGAAAUGGUUCAGCCCUGGGGUUUAACUGAAGGACUAACAGGGUUUUGAAGUGCAAAUAGGAUGGUGGAGGGUAAACCUUUUUAGGGUUUCAUUUUGAUGGAUUUUUUUUCCUGUGUGGAUUUCUGGUACAGACUGUGAUCUGGAAGGGGUCCUUAAAAAAAAAAAAAUUUUGUUUUGUUUCUGAUCAGUCAGAUAAUAAGAACUUUCCAUAGGGGUGUACUUUUCUAGCAUGCAUAUUGAUUCUAUUGUGUUUUAAUGUAGAUCAUUUAAUUGGAUCUUUUUUUGAGCCUUCUGCAGUGGAGCUGUCAUUUCAAGGUCACUUCUCUUUCUUGUUAUUAAUGCCAAAGUUUGAAAGUGUUGAAUGAUGUGGUACUUCUGGAUUAAUAGAUUGUGGGGGAUUACUUAGGGCCACUGUGUAUAAGGCUUUGUUUAUAAAGUCUUCUAGUUAAAGAUCCAGUCCAUAUUAGAACAAAUAUUUUACAUAAGUGUUCUAUAAUUAUUUAAUCUUUUUUCUAUUGUGAUAUCAUUUUACAUACUCAUUUUUUUAUUUUGUAUGUAUUCUGCUUUGCCAGCCUUAAAAAAAAAAACAGAAAAUUCUGAGAUUAUGAAACAUUAUACUAUGUUAUUUAUGAAAGAUACAUUGAAGUGUUUGAGGAAAGAAGAGAGACAUAAAAAUGUUUAAAUAACUGAUAUGUUGAUUUAUAUAAGUUGAAAUUUUUUUUAACCUUCUCCCCACAAGUAAUUCAAUCACAGGAGACAAAAUAUACUUUAAAAUUUGUUUUUUUCUUUUUGGAAAGUGGAGAGGAGAGGAGUCAUUAGUAACGCCAGAGAAAAAUGAUUGUAGCAUAACUUAAAGGCUUUGUGUACAAAAAUUUUAGAGAAAAAAUAUUUUUAUUAAAGAAAUGCUGUAUUUAGAUUUCUUCUUAGAAAUACUGUUGAUGGAAAUUUUCUUAAGCAUUUUGGCUUUUUAUUUUAGAUGUAACAUAAAUAUUUGUAUCAUUUUCCCUUUUUGAGAAAAAUAAUGUAUUUAGCUCCAACAGAGGUUUUCCUGUGUUGCUCGAUAUCUAUUAUAAAAACGGGUUGUUAAUCUCCAUAAUUGGCAUUGACCACAUGAUGUUCUUAAUUGACCUUCAGCAGUGUGGUCGUUCCUGAGAGCAUCUGUCACUUUAGGCAUUACAAGAUGGAUGGGUCUCCAGUGAACUGCUGGUUGAAGCAAAUGGUGAAAAUAAGAAAAGUCAAGGGGUUUCAGGGUCUGCAGAGGGGACAGACAACAAGGAAACACUGUUAGAAAUCAAGAGUAAGCUGAGCAAUAGAGGAAGAGAGCAAAGAUGGAUCAGAUGUCAUUUUAUAAACAUCUUGGAAAUCAGAAUCUUUUGGCUUUCGUGAUCUGAGGGAGACAUCUGCAUCAUGGUGCACAAAAAGCUUUAAACAAGUUAAAAUCUAGGCAACAGACUCCCUGAAGUGUUGACUGCCCAACUUAAUCAUGACUGUGAUUCAAAAAUGUUAUUAAAUAAACCAAGGUGUAGAUCAUGGGGAAUUCGUAUGCUGGGCAACUGAAAUCUGCUCGAUUUGAGGAAGCUCUCCACAACUCCAUAGAAGCCUCACUCAGAUGUAGUAGUGUGGUACCGCGGCCAAUUUUUUCCCAGCUGUACCUGGACCCUGACCAGCAUCCUUUCUCAUCUGCAGAUGUCAAACCCAAGGUGGAGGAUCUGGACAAAGAUUUGGUAAACCGCUACACUCAAAAUGGAAGUCUGGAUUUUUCUAACAAUCUAACAGUUAAUGAAAUGGAAGACGAUGAAGACGAUGAAGAAAUGUCUGAUUCAAACAGUCCACCAAUUCCCUAUUCACAAAAACCUGCCCCAGAAGGAUCUUGCACUACAGAUGGUUUUUGUCAAGCAGGAAAGGAUUUGCGUUUGGUAUCACUGUGUAUGGAACAAAUUGACAUCCCAGCAGGAUUCCUCCUGGUGGGGGCCAAGUCUCCCAAUCUGCCUGAACACAUCCUAGUUUGUGCUGUGGACAAGCGAUUUCUACCGGAUGAUCAUGGAAAAAAUGCACUUUUAGGGUUUUCUGGAAAUUGUAUCGGCUGUGGAGAAAGAGGAUUUCGAUAUUUCACGGAAUUUUCCAACCACAUUAACUUGAAGCUCACCACUCAGCCAAAGAAGCAGAAGCACUUAAAGUACUACCUAGUCAGAAGCUCCCAGGGUGUACUGUCUAAGGGACCUCUUAUCUGCUGGAAAGAAUGUAGAAGCCGACAAUCCUCUGCUUCUUGCCACUCUAUUAAACCAAGCUCUUCAGUGUCAUCAACUGUGACCCCAGAAAAUGGGACAACUAAUGGAUACAAAUCAGGAUUCACUCAGACAGAUUCGCCGAUUCUCAGUCCAGCUAAUUCUGCAAUCAAUUUAAGUGGAGCUCAGGACCUGACCCGGAAUAAGAAUGUUGUGAAACCACUGGCUUUAUCUUUGCAGGUUGUAGGGAAGACUUUUGCUGCAGAUGCUGCUAAUGGAAACAGUAGCCAUGGAGGGAAGGGCAGUGCAUCCAGCUCCACUCCAGCCCACACAGGGAAUUACUCUUUGUCACCAAGACCUAGCUAUGCAUCAGGAGACCAAGCUACCAUGUUCAUUUCUGGGCCACCAAAGAAACGACACCGGGGAUGGUAUCCUGGGUCACCUCUCCCCCAACCUGGCUUAGUUGUACCUGUCCCUACAGUUCGUCCUCUUUCAAGAACGGAGCCCCUUUUAUCUGCCCCAGUUCCACAGACCCCACUAACUGGAAUUUUACAACCCAGGCCCAUUCCUGCAGGGGAAACUGUAAUUGUUCCUGAAAACCUGCUGAGUAACUCAGGAGUUAGACCAGUAAUUCUGAUAGGCUAUGGCACUUUACCCUAUUUCUAUGGAAAUGUUGGUGACAUUGUUGUGAGUCCUCUGCUGGUGAAUUGCUACAAGAUUCCACAGUUGGAAAACAAAGAUUUGGAACAAUUAGGGUUGACUGGCAGUCAAUUUCUGAGCGUGGAAAACAUGAUUCUUCUGACGAUACAGUAUCUUGUGCGGCUGGGUCCUGAUCAGGUACCUCUCAGGGAAGAAUUUGAGCAAAUUAUGCUGAAAGCUAUGCAAGAAUUUACUCUGAGAGAAAGAGCCCUGCAGAUAGGUGCUCAGUGUGUCCCUGUGUCACCAGGACAACUCCCCUGGCUUGCUAGAUUAAUUGCCAGCGUAUCUCAAGACUCGGUUCAUGUGAUUGUGACCCAGAACUCUUUGGCGGAGGGCAUUUCAGAGACCUUAAGGACUCUCAGUGAAAUGAGACACUAUCAAAGGCUACCAGAUUAUGUGGUGGCAAUUUGUGCAUCGAAAAUCAGAGGAAAUGAAUUUUGUGUGGUAGUGUUAGGUCAGCACCAGUCCCGAGCUCUGGCAGAGAGCAUGCUCACCACAAGUGAGUUUUUGAAAGAAAUUAGUUAUGAGCUUAUCACAGGAAAGGUCAGUUUCCUGGCAUCACAUUUCAAAACCACAUCAUUAGGCGAUGACCUAGACAAGCUGCUGGAAAAAAUGCAACAAAGAAGAGGAGACAGUGUGGUUACCCCUUUCAAUGGAGACCUGAAUGAAUGUGUGUCACCCCAGGAGGCUGCUGCUAUGAUUCCCACACAAAACCUGGAUUUAGAUAACGAAACCUUCCAAAUUUAUCAACCGCAGCUAACAGUUGCCAGAAAACUCUUAUCCCAGGUGUGCGCUAUAGCGGACAGUGGCAGCCAGAGCCUGGACCUCGGUCACUUCAGCAAAGUCGACUUCAUCAUCAUUGUCCCCAGAUCGGAGGUGUUGGUUCAGCAAACUCUUCAACGGAUUCGACAAUCAGGUGUCCUUGUAGACUUGGGUCUGGAGGAAAAUGGGACAGCCCAUCAGAGAGCAGAAAAAUAUGUUGUUCGUCUAGACAAUGAGAUUCAAACCAAGUUUGAAGUUUUUAUGAGGAGAGUGAAACAGAACCCGUACACACUGUUUGUGCUAGUUCAUGACAACUCCCAUGUGGAACUAACGAGCGUCAUUUCAGGCUCUUUGUCACAUGGCGAACCCAGUCAUGGACUAGCUGAUAGGGUCAUUAAUUGCAGAGAAGUUCUGGAAGCUUUCAACCUCCUGGUGCUCCAGGUCAGCUCCUUCCCAUACACUCUGCAGACCCAACAGUCCCGCAUUAGCUCUAGCAAUGAGGUUCACUGGAUACAGCUGGAUACCGGGGAGGACGUGGGCUGCGAGGAGAAGCUAUACUUUGGCUUGAAUGAGUACAGCAAGUCUCUGCAGUGGGGGAUCACGAGCCCACUUCUGAGAUGUGACGAGACUUUUGAAAAAAUGGUGAACACACUCUUGGAGAGGUACCCCAGGCUGCACAGCAUGGUCGUCCGCUGCUAUCUUCUCAUCCAGCAGUACUCUGAGGCUCUGAUGGCUCUCACCACCAUGGCGUCACUCCGAGACCACAGCACACCAGAAACACUCAGCAUUAUGGAUGACCUCAUCAGCUCCCCAGGCAAAAACAAAAGUGGGAGGGGACACAUGCUCAUUAUCAGGGUGCCCUCGGUGCAGCUGGCGAUGUUAGCCAAGGAGCGGCUACAGGAGGUGCGCGACAAACUGGGUCUGCAGUAUCGGUUCGAGAUCAUCCUUGGGAACCCGGCCACUGAACUCAGUGUUGCAACUCACUUUGUGGCGCGAUUAAAGAGUUGGAGAGGAAGUGAACCAGAAGAGUGGAUCCCUCGGACAUACCAAGAUUUAGACGGUCUGCCUUGUAUUGUGAUAUUAACUGGCAAAGAUCCUCUUGGAGAGACCUUUCCCAGGUCUUUGAAGUACUGUGACCUCCGGUUAAUUGACUCAAGCUAUUUAACUCGCACGGCCUUGGAGCAGGAGGUGGGUCUGGCAUGCUGCUAUGUCUCUAAAGAGGUCAUCCGGGGACCCACUGUUGCCCUGGACCUCAGCGGGAAGGAGCAGGAGAGAGCUGCUGUCAGUGAGAACGACUCCGAUGAGCUGCUCAUCGACCUGGAGCGGCCCCAGAGCAACAGCAGCGCCGUCACAGGGACCUCGGGUUCCAUCAUGGAGAAUGGAGUGAGCUCUUCCAGCACAGCUGACAAGUCCCAGAAGCAGUCCCUGACCCCCAGCUUCCAGAGCCCAGCCACUAGUCUGGGCCUGGAUGAAGGGGUCUCUGCCAGCUCAGCUGGAGCCGGAGCUGGGGAGACUCUGAAGCAGGAGUGUGACUCCCUGGCCCCCCAGAUGGCGAGCAGCACCACCUCCAAGCCGCCAUCAUCGUCCUCAGGACCCAGGACCCUCCCAUGGCAGGGACAGCCCAUCAGAGGCUGCCGGGGCCCGCAUGCAGCCCUGCCACCAGUGGUGAUCCUAUCCAAAGCGGCCUACAGCCUCCUAGGCUCCCAGAAGAGUGGCAAGCUGCCAUCCUCCUCAUCCCUGCUGCCCCAUGCCGACGUGGCCUGGGUGAGUUCCCUGCGGCCGCUCCUGAACAAGGACAUGAGCAGCGAGGAGCAGUCCCUCUACUACAGGCAGUGGACCUCGGCCCGGCAGCACCACGCCGACUACAGCAACCAGCUGGACCCGGCCUCUGGCACCCGAAACUUCCACCCCCGGCGGCUUCUGCUGACAGGGCCCCCACAGGUGGGAAAGACGGGCUCCUAUUUACAGUUCCUCAGGAUCCUCUUCCGCAUGCUCAUCAGGCUCCUGGAGGUGGAUGUGUAUGACGAGGAGGAGAUCAACACCGAUCACAGUGAAAGCAGUGAAGUGAGCCAGUCAGAGGGAGAGCCCUGGCCUGACAUCGAGAGCUUCAGUAAAAUGCCUUUUGAUGUCAGUGUGCAUGACCCCAAGUACACUUUGAUGAGCCUGGUGUAUACUGAGAAGCUGGCAGGGGUCAAACAAGAAGUGAUAAAGGAAUCCAAAGCUGAAGAGCCCAGGAAACGGGAAACUGUGUCCAUAAUGCUGACCAAAUAUGCAGCCUAUAACACCUUUCACCACUGUGAACAGUGCCGCCAGUACAUGGACUUCACCUCUGCCUCCCAGAUGUCUGACUCCACCCUUCAUGCCUUCACAUUCUCUUCCUCUAUGCUGGGAGAAGAGGUUCAGCUCUAUUUCAUCAUUCCCAAAUCCAAAGAGAGUCAUUUUGUCUUCAGCAAGCAGGGCAAGCACCUGGAGAGCAUGCGGCUGCCCUUGGUUUCAGACAAGAAUUUGAAUGCAGUCAAGAGCCCUAUUUUCACUCCUUCCAGUGGUAGACAUGAGCACGGACUCCUAAACCUCUUCCACGCCAUGGAGGGCAUCAGCCACCUUCACCUCCUCGUGGUCAAAGAGUAUGAGAUGCCUCUGUACCGCAAGUACUGGCCCAACCACAUCAUGCUGGUGCUUCCCGGCAUGUUCAAUAAUGCAGGCGUGGGUGCUGCCAGGUUCCUCAUUAAGGAGCUAUCAUAUCACAACCUAGAAUUGGAGAGAAACCGCCUGGAGGAGCUAGGCAUUAAACGCCAGUGUGUCUGGCCUUUCAUCGUCAUGAUGGAUGACUCAUGUGUCCUAUGGAACAUUCACAGUGUUCAGGAGCCAUCCAGCCAGCCUGUGGAAGUAGCAGUUUCCAGUAAGAAUGUUUCCUUGAAGACUGUCUUACAGCACAUUGAAGCCACACCAAAAAUUGUCCACUAUGCAAUCUUGGGCAUACAGAAAUGGAGCAGCAAGCUGACUUCUCAGAGCCUAAAGGCCCCAUUCUCUAGGUGUCAUGUGCAUGAUUUCAUUCUCCUCAACAUAGACUUGACUCAGAAUGUGCAGUAUGACUUCAACAGGUAUUUCUGUGAAGAUGUUGACUUUAAUCUGAGAACUAACAGUAGUGGCCUGCUCAUCUGCCGCUUUAAUAACUUCAGUCUCAUGAAGAAACAUGUUCAGGUUGGAGGGCAAAGGGACUUUAUCAUUAAACCAAAGAUCAUGGUGUCAGAGAGCUUAGCACCCAUCUUGCCCCUUCAAUACAUCUGCGCUCCCGACAGUGAACACACGCUACUGGCAGCCCCUGCACAGUUUCUCCUGGAGAAAUUCCUUCAGCACGCCUCAUAUAAACUCUUCCCCAAAGCCAUCCAUAACUUCAGGAGUCCCGUGCUGGCCAUUGACUGCUACCUUAACAUUGGACCAGAGGUGGCCAUAUGCUAUAUCAGCUCCAGACCCCACUCCAGCAAUGUCAACUGUGAAGGGGUGUUUUUCAGUGGACUCCUUUUGUACCUCUGUGACUCUUUCGUAGGUGCUGAUCUUCUUAAGAAAUUUAAAUUUCUAAAAGGUGCUACCCUGUGUGUCAUCUGCCAAGACAGAAGUUCCUUGCGCCAAACGAUUGUCCGCUUAGAGCUAGAAGAUGAGUGGCAGUUCCGCCUCCGGGACGAGUUUCAAACUGCUAACAGCAGUGAAGACAAGCCUCUCUACUUUCUUACUGGACGUCAUGUAUGAGCUUUUGAAGAGACCAAAAACAGCAAAAAGAUGCCUAGGUGGGGUGGGACAGAAAUAAUUUGGGAUUUUUUUUUUUCCUUUAAAGUACAAUCACUGUGGAGCAAAGUGCAACAUAUUUGUCUAAAUUCUCCAAAGAACUCCCCAAAUCUGAUCCAAGUCUUUGGGGACAUCACUUUCCUUCACUUCCAAUUACAGGACCCUGAAAUUCAGGUAAACUCUACCCUAGGUAGUUAUGCAAUUACUUAAGAUACGGUCUGCCCAUGGGAUCCUGAGGAGGAUAUACUUUGGAGAGUGAAUAUGGAGUUUGCAUUAUUUUUUUCUAUUACACUAUGUUGGGGGGAAACUGUCAGCAUUAACUAGCCUGAAUGUGUUACAUGAGACUCAUGCCAUUGGUGUGGAAUUAAUUGAAGAUUAACGUUUGAGGCCUGAACCCUCAGUUUCUCUUCAGAUCUGUACUUUGGUACAGUAUUACUCAGGGGUUUGAAAUGAUAGAAUGUAGACGAUAUUUGUAUUUAAAAAAAGAAGUAGCUUUGUCUUUCUCUGUGCAGUGUUAGUUUAAGAUUUAUAAUCUUCUAUGUAUUGAAACUUUUGGCAAAAUUUCCACAGGAGUUAAAAGUUUACUAUUUAAACUGAACAAACAAAUCAGUAAAUGCAGAGCAGGCAUUGUGUGCAUUUAUUCAUCUUCUAGCCUAAUUCCUUUGCUUUUUCCCAUUCUUUAAAUGUGUUUCCAGUCUUCAAGAAUAUCUUAUCUAUGAGACUGUGGAACAGCAAUUAAUCUUUUGCAAGAACUUGAUUAAGUCCAUUGAGUUAAGAAGCUUUCAGCAGGUAACCUGCACCCGCCGUUUGGUUGGAAUUAAGCAGUUGGCACCAGCAAACCUAAAUGUCAGGCUGAGGUUCUGUUGCAGAGUGAAACUAAUUUGUUUCCUUUCAGGGACUCAAGCAAAGCUUCCUUUAUUUAAAAGAUGCACUGAAUAUUACCACCUUACACUGACAACGCCACAGAAAUUGCUGAAUUGGGAAAUUGAGCCAUAAAAAGAGAAGUGUUUUCUACUUCAUCUUAGCAGUGACUCUUGUGAGGAGUAAGGAAGACUCCAUUAAGAGUCUUUAUGAUUCAUUAAAAUCAGCAGGGGAUGUUUGUCCAGUAUCGGCAAUGUGAGGCAUAUGUUUCUACAGAUUUCUCAAAUAUUUUAAUCAAAGACAUUAUUUUUAGAAAAUGUUCCAGACAAACUAAGUCUUAGAAGUUUACUCUUAAAUUACUCCAGUUCUCAUCAUUGAACAAUGUCUCGAGUUUUCUCAUUAGCCCAUAUUUACUACUUUAUCCCCACUUAACAUGGCCAUUUUUACUUGAAUCCAUCUUGUUUGUGUCCUGAAACUACUGAGGGGCCUACUAAGCCUGCAUUUACUUAGAACAAAUAGUGUUAAUUGACCAGCUUUAUUAUGACAAGUUUACAAAGCUAGUGAAAAAAUGGAAUGUAUUAGACUAAAAAUGGUUUGCAGAUCUCUUGGUUUUAAUAUAGCUACUUAUAAUGCUUUAACUGUAUUUUGAAGUGAACAAUUCCUUUUAACCCCAUUUUUAAUUAUCUUUCAAAGAGGACCUGCCUCAUACAUAAUAUAAAAAAAAAACUCCUUAAUUUUAGUACAGCAGAAUUUUUGGUAAAGAGGUAUGUUUUGAAGCAGUUUGGUUUAAAUAUGAAUGUAUUUCACUUGUUCCUGUUUUGUUGAAAGGGCCUAAUGCAAAUAAUAUCAAGAAACCCACUGUCUGUGCAAUAUUCCAAUGACAUUUACAUAGGGCAAAUAAAAUACUUGAAAGAAUUAUAAAACAAUUGUACCUGGGGUGGAUGGCCUCUCAGGGUUUCUUCUGGCUUUAUGACUUCAUAGCUUAAAGAAAUUUUUUUUUAAGUAGUUACAUCAGAUGCAGGUACUCCAUUAGUUAGGGCUGCACUCUGAAAAUUCAAAUUAUUAUUAUGAGCUCUUAAAUACUAUUUAACUCUGUGGAAGAGAUUUGCCAGAAUAAAGCCAAAGACCAUCACCCCUAUAAAAGAGAAAUUGACCUGCUUAUUCUUUUCAAAGCCUAUCUUACUAAGGUUUGGAUCUUUUAAAAAUCAUCUUAUCAGUAUAAUUCUUGAGUAUGUCAGGUCCUUCUUUAAGGAUAAAAUUGCACAAGCACAGGACACCAUGAUUUGUAUAUAUAUAUACUAGUGUGUUCGGCUUUAAGCUUUGCAAUCCCUUAGGACACUGGUGUGGGAUGAAUGGAUUCGCUAGGCCCACACAGUAACUCACCUGUAGACCUGCUGAACCUCAGCAUGUAUGACAGUUCACACAGGCUAAUACUGAAUGUAAACUGAAAACUAGAAGAGAAUUGUUGUAGUCAAUUGUUUUUGGCUGUAAUUUAUGCAAUUGCUUUUUGUGAUUUUUAGAAAGUGGGGCACCUGUGUUACUUUAUUACUGUAAAAUGUUCUUAACCAAAAUUUGGUGAAUUUCACUAGUCUACCUCACGUUUUGUUAAUGAUUCAAAAUUGUCUUGUGUCUACUGUUAUGUUUUUGUCCUUUAAUUUGGUAAAUGUAUUAAAGUUAUCUCCCACCCCCUCCAAAAAGUUAUUUUUUCCUUAUAACUUUCUGGCAUGUUAAGAAAACAAGCUCCCUGUCUCUGGCAAUGUCCUAAAAAGGCUGGAAGUCACAUUAUAGGUUGGACAACUAAGAUUAAAGAGGUGUUGAAAAUAUACAUAGUAGAUCCCAAUCUUUUAUUUGAGAGAUUGCAACUACACUCACUUUGAUGUCCUUUUGGAAACAGAACUUUGGGUUGCUAGAACUAAUACAAGGUGUUAUUGUUAAUCUCCAGUUAAAACUUCUCAAACUUUUUGAGAACUCUCAAAGUUGCUAGAACUAUGUAGUUUAAUGAAGAUGGUGUUAUUGUAGCAUGAAUUUUAUCUUCUUAAAAUCUCUACUAAAUUUUGAGAAGAAAUAACUUUGUUGUCCCAGAAAAAUGGCUUUCAAUCUAUUAAUAAAGUGUAGUAAAUUAAAAGAAUUUGACAUAGAAUCCAUGAAAACAAUCUAGGCCGGGCGCGGUGGCUCAAGCCUGUAAUCCCAGCACUUUGGGAA